GCCGAGGGGAAGCCGAGCGGCGCCGGCUGUCGGGGUGCUCCGCGCCUCGCUGCCUGGGAAACUUCGGAAGCUUGCCGGGGAGCGUCUGUCCUCUGCCCCGAGGGGCGCUCCGGUGGAGGGAAGUGUCCCCGUGCGCAGCAGCUGGAUGGCGCGGACCCUGAGACCCGACGACAUCAACCCCCGGACGGGGCUUGUGGUGGCUCUGGUCAGCGUCUUUCUGGUGUUCGGCUUCAUGUUCACCGUGUCUGGCAUCAAGGGAGAGACCCUGGGAGACAUCCCGCUGCUGGCCAUCGGGCCGGCCAUCUGCCUGCCAGGCAUUGCCGCAAUUGCCCUCACCAGAAAAACCGACGGCUGCACCAAGUGUCCCGAGAACAUGCGUCCGUGCUGUAAGGAACUCAAGGACCGGGAUGUCAUGGAGCUGCUAAGGACCCCCUCGGACCUGGAGUCUGGCAAGGGAAGUUGUGACGAGCUGGCCAGGAAAGCUUACCGCAAGGACAGGAGAGGGCUGAGGGGAGAGGACACCGUGUUCGUCUGCACCACUAGCACCGCCGCCGCUGCCACGGCAGAGGGCAAGAGCCUCGCCAAAAAGGUGGAGCAGGAGGAGAUGCUGAAAUAUCUGGAGAGCUGUUACCCAGAGAUGCCAGAGAAUGUGUUCGUGGGAGACGGCUCCACAUACAGUGCCUUGGAGAAGAAGCUCUCUUCUCCCAGCAGGGACAGCAUUCCUUGCCCUGACAUUGAAGACAACAUUUUUGUGGCUCCUAAAGAUAGUAUCAUUGUCUGCUCCUACAAGGAUAACAGCCCUUAUGACAGGUACUGUUGUUACAUAAACCCCACUGGAGUCAAUUCAGACCAGGAGACCAUUGUGUGAAAGAUGCAUACUUUAUAUAUAUGUAUGUAUACAAAAACUGCAACUUCAACUUCUUGAUAGGGGAUAAUAUAGCUGACUGCAUGGGACAAUCCUGAUACUAUUUCAAUUUAAAGUGGUAUGUGACCGAUACUCAAACCUUUUGUGCCUGAAGUACGCUUUCUGUAAGUAAACAAGCAUGUUUAAAGGCUAAAGAAUUCAAUUUUUCAUUUUUGGAAAAAAAGAAAUUUAAUUUAAAUUUUAUUUUCUCCCUUUCCCUCCCUUUUGUUUUCUGGCUGCCUGUUGUACCCAAGCCUGUAGGCACACUGGCAGGAGGGCAGCAGUGGCUGUCAGCUGAGAUCAAGAGCUGAAUGAAACUCUGGAGCUGUCUGUAGGAAAGAAUGUGGUGCUCUAUGGCUGAAUAAGUUUUUGAAAUACUGUCAUUCAUUUUGGGAGGGAUUGAGAGAUGUCAGCAUGAACUCCAAUAGCUGCCUGAUGUCAGGAAGUGUAGAAAUCAUUUGUCUCCCUUUGUCCUUGCUGGAUUUUUUUUUCCCUUUGUGUCAAAGACUAGGUGUCCUGACCCUGUGGGCUCUUCUGGAAGUCUCCUAGGAACCAUACGGGCUCAGGAGAGUUUUCAAAGACUAACCCAUCAUCAACAGCACGAACAUAGAUGUGUUAGCUUUAUUUUCCACUGGUCUGGAGUUCACUGAAAUGUUUCUAAUACUUUUGGAUUUUAGAGGCAUACUUGACAAGGGGAAUGCAACAUGAACAUGACAGAGUUCUUGCAGAGACUAGGAGCAGAUGUCAGUGAACUCAGGUCUUUAAAAUAUAUUUCAGUACCUCAAAAAUCACUUCAGGAACAGACUUCUGUGAGUUAUGUUCUGAGUGGGAUCUGACUCUUCUGAAAAUGCCAUUUUCUUGUGCCUUUUCUAAAAUGCCAGAUAUUUCUGUAUGGGGGAUGCAUGGUGACAGUCCACUCAGGGGUCUCAAAGCCAUGCUUUGCUGGGAGAAGGGAACAGAGGACCUGACUGACAGAUGGUUUUUUCACAGCUUAUGGGUACAUAGCAAGAAAAUGUGAAGUGGGUAAUGAUAAUGAACCAUUCAAAUUCAGAGCCUGCAGUUUACAUACUGAAAUACAAACCUGGCUGUUCUGUCCAACACUAAGUUGCAUGUUCCAUGCUGUGCAUAAACAUCUUACCUGGCCUCUGCAGUGUAGGGAACAGAGAUGUGGUGUAACACAAUGUGCAUUCUAAGCAGCUACUCUAAGCGUUCAGGUCUUAGGGUAAGGGUUGCUAAAGCAUAGAGUAAUUUGCUAACAUCUCACAAAGCUCCAGUUCCUAUAACCAAACUCCCAGAACACCAAACAGCUCCUGUGUGAUAAAAGUCUUAAUAGCUGCUCCUACUUAGAUGGUUUUUGUCAACCAUAGGUUGUACCAGAGGAAUGUAUUGGGUUACCAGCAUAGGAAAUAAGAAAAACAGGCUUUCAAUUGUAGCAACCUGAGAUGUUGUGUAGAAAAUUAAAAGGAAUUUUGCACUUAAAUGAGGCUUUCCAUGCCCAUGCAAUUGUUUGGAAAGUGAAUGUAAAUUUUAUACAUAUACUUAUGUGUGUAUUUGUUUGUUUGUUGAGAAACUUAUGUCAAAUUGUAACAGACAAUGAGUCUCUGAACAUGUUUCCAGAAGAAGGAAACAAUUUUCUGGCUAGCUUGGUGUCUUUCAGACCAAAUAAGAUGUUAACCCUUUGGCCAGGCUUUGGUGGGGCAUCUAUCAUUUUACUAUGAUAAAAUCAAAAAACACUAGCUCUUUGAAGUCAGGCAGAAACUCUGCAUGGGUGGUUACAGGCAGCUGUGCUGCUCAGGCAUGCAGCAACAGUACUGUGGUAAUAAAUGAACACCUGCACUUUGUGCAGCCCAGGUUUGAUCCAAUGAGCAUAGGAAUUCCACAAAAACAGACCCUCUCCCUGACACGUUCAACUUCCACAUAAAAGCACUCAGUUGUUGUCAGCAGCUUGCCUUCUGCUUAGGCUUAGUCACUACAGGACCUGAUUCUGCAAUGUGCAGAGCAAGUCUUUAAUGGCACCAGGAAGUCUUAUUUCAUGACCUGUGAAGCCAACAGCUAAAAUACUGCUGAAAUGAACGUGAUGACAAACAGUGUCUUUUGCUUUCUGCUUCUGAGCAGAGCAGGUGAGGGUUCUUACUGUGUGCCCAGGGGUGUUCAGCCUCCCUGGAGAUCAGACCCACCAUGAGAAAACAGGCUACUGGGUCCUGCCUGCUGCCUUUGACAGGUUUGUGAGUAAUCGCUUGCCUUGCAUAAGAGAGCAAGGCACCAGCCCGCUGGGAACCUAGAUUUGUACAGUUCUGCAAAUAUAUAUAUGUAUAGGAAGAAGUCAAGUUUUUCCAUUUUGUCUAGGAUUAGAUGUUCUCUGUCAAAAGUUACACAGGCUUUUUCAAGACAAGACAGCAAACUCUAGUGACAAAUCGAAUAGUAAAUAUAUAACUUGAGACACAGACAUACAGAUCUGAGUCACGUGCUUUAUUCAAUUUGUAGUGUAAAAACAAGAGAAUGCUUGUAUUCAAGCAAAGUUUAAUGGGAUUGAAAACUUCUCACAAUAUAGAAAGAGAUAAAAAAGAAUGUGCUUAAAGAUUGGUAUUUACGGGCAAUGUCAUCCCUCCAUUCAUUCAGCUGAUUUCACAAUAAAAUACAACUUUAAGCAAUAUUUCUAGGCUAAUAUACCAUAAUUCUCUAGAUCUGUUUAUUGAAAGUGUGAGAAUUUGAAAUUAGAGAAAUGAAUUAGUACUGCCUCUGAAGUAUUUUUUUUUCUUUUUGUUCCCUGCUAUUUUAAUAGAGGAUGAAAUGGAAAUUGAUUAAUUUGACCAUUAAAAAUAUGAAUUUUACCAUUUGAAAAUGAAACUGGUUUAGAUUUUUUUGUUUGUUGAGGGGGGUUAGGUAUUAAGGUGUGGUUUUGUUGUUUUGGGAGGUUUCAUGGUUCUGUUGGUUUGAGGUAUUUUUAUAAUAAAGUGACCUUUUUAUAGUUUUGCCAGUAGAAAUCUAAUGCAUAUUUGAUCACAGACAUCAUGACAGCAUUUUCAAAUUUUUUUAUGCAGAUGACAUGCCCAGAUCAGAGAUCACCUGGGACUUUAUUUUCUUUCAGCUCAUGUGGACACUAGAACUUGUGAUACUAGUGCUGAUCUUAGAACAAGCAGGAAUAAUCACUUUGCUUUCCAGAGGCAGCUUCUAGUCUGAAUUUGGCUUCAGGAUGCCACCACAGCUAGGGGUGUGAUUCCAAGCUGUGACCAGAGAUGAGAGCUUCUUUCUGUUCUUGCUACAUUAAAAAACCUUCAGGUCAGAGUCCGACUUCUCUCCUUAGUGCUCUUUUCCAAACAAAGCAUGAAGUUGUAGGGGAGCUCAGUUUAGGGGAUAAAUAUCUUGGGUGAUAAAUGUCUUGUGAACCACACGUUGCUUAGUCCUAAAGUGGCAAGGUGUAUAAAGCGUUUAAUGGAAAACACUAAUUUGGACAUUUAGAGAAGUUUCCUAAGAUAUAUAAACUUUAUUUUUGGAAUAGGAUUUGUCAUAGUGCUACAGUGUAGUUCAUCUUCUUUUAAGAGACAAUAUGAUAUGCAGAACAAAAGGCAACUUUGUGUUGCUUUGUUUGAAUUUCUGUUGUCAUAAUUAGCAUUGUUACAGUCAUACAAGCUGAUCACUGCAGAGUCUUUACAAGACAAUUUGAAAUUUCUAUCAGUGUGCACUUUGUCCUCCUGAGUGCAAAACAAUAGCUGGUCCUUUCAGCCUGGAACUGAAUAAGCAAGAGAUGAGUGUGCUCAGAGUAUGCGUCCCUCUGGACUUCAUUGUAUUCUUGAUCUGCAUUCUGUAGAAAUGUCAUACUCUUGCAGAGGCAGUUCCUCCCCCUCUGAUCCUAACUCCUGGCUCCAGUAACUAUUUAUUAUCUUGUAAUUUACUGGAGUAACAGCAACUGUGACCCCCUUUCACAUAUCUGCUGCUACAUACCCGACUUCGCGGAGUGAGCUCGUGCGUUUGGCCAGGGUGGUAGAAUUUGACACUACGUCAUCCAUCCAGUCUAAGCUGUUAUGUUGAGACAUUCAGUUAUAUUGUCAGUUCUUGCAGCACAAGCUUGGGGUUUUGCCAUGGGUCAGAGGCGGGUUACUGUCAGGCCACCAAGCACUGCCAACCUGAUUUUCAUGUGUGUGUGGGGACUAACCUAUUUACUUGCAGAGCACAAUCAGCACACAAGACCUUGACUCUCAGCAUGUUGCCAGUAAAGUCAUGGCAUAGGAAACUUUAGAGUCCUGAAAGGUUUCUGUCAAUGCUUCUAAUAUAAAUUGUAUUAAAACUUGUAGAGGAGUUUCCUAAUGUAUAGGCUAGAGGUGUUGUCUUGACACGUGGCGUGGGACAUCAGCUGCAAACCAGCCCAUACUGAGCCCGUUUCCACUCUGCAGCCAGUCUGAACAUACAGUCCCUACAGGGAGAACUGUCAGUGGGUUUGUUACUUCUCUGGUAGUAUGGUCUCUUUUAUGGCUCUAAACCACAGAGAGAGUGGAUUGAGAAGUCACUUUUCACGCACCCUGGCAAACUUUCAUAGGUAAGCAUUAUGUUUAAUUUAGCAGUCUUAUUGGUGCUGGAAUUCCAGACACUCUGUUGUCUUUACCAGACAUGGAGAUUCAGCUUUCAUUAGUUUUAAAAUCUUUGUGUGUUUUGUACUUAGAAGAGUUGCAUGGAUUAGCCUUGUGUCAGAUACAUGGAAUUGUUUACGCUUAAUGGUUUUACUUACAGGCUGCACCCUGGAUGGGUGUGUGUAUAUAAUGCUGUACAUUUGUCUGCAAGGGCAGGAAACAGAUUGCACAAUCAUAACACAAUAAUAAAUUGAGAUUUCCUCAGAGGUGUUUUUCCAACACCUUACACAGCUUUUCUGCUUAAGUCUAUUGCUGCAAUUUUAAAUUCCUUCAGUUUAGGAGAAAAAACUUUUUCUAAGAACAACUCUGUUGAGACUUUUUUAGAACACACAGCUCUUCCAACAGAAUUAAGAUACUCCUUGUCUGUGUUUCAGUAUGGCCCCUGUGAAUUCCUGGAAAUUGAAAUCUGAAUUUUUCCAGCGCUUUGCAUUCAGCAUUUCCCCAAACACUCUGAACCUUUAGUCAAUUCUGAAAGAUGCAUUUUUAACUUUUUUUUUCAACCUAAAGUGUCCUUUUCACUCCUCAGGGAGUGAAAAAAGGGUUAAACACUUCGAAAAUCUGGCUCUGUACAUGUUCUAAUGAGAGUAGAACAAAAGAGGUUGUCAUGAAAACAAAAGAGACCAAAAAGGCAUCACACAAAAUAUUUCAUUACUUUGUCAGGAUAACUGUGUUGAAUUCUGGUCACAAAAACAGUGUGUUUAGUGCACUGUUCCGUGUGUGUAUUGUAUCUUUGGUAGCUUACCCAGAUGGCUCCUCAAGAAGGGACAGAGAAUGUUUUCCCGCCUGAAGGCAUGUUACAAGAACUACAGGAAAAAAAUUACGACGUAGUGUGGGUCUGAUUUUAGAUCUCAUCAAAACACUUAUUUUCACACCACUGUAUUUUAGUAUAAAAUGCAGUAAUAAUCAGCAAUUGUGUACAGUGAUGAACAUAUGGAUGCUCCUAUAUUAGCUUCAUAUUUGGCACUCUUGGUAAGAAGUACUUAUUUUGUUGCUGUAGAAAUCCAAGGCAAAUUUUGCAAAGGUGUAACCCUAAACAUUUCAUGUGGACCUUCCAGGUCAAACUUAGUGCUGUAUGAAAACUGUUGAAUCCGAUGUUUGCAAUUUAGUUCCAAAAAGAAUCACAUAUGUGUUUUAAGACAUAGUGCUGAGGGAAGAUGGUGUACAAAUAAGAAGGUGGAGUGGGUUGUUUCCCUGUGUGAACCAGAAGACUGCGGUUACUAUGCUGUGGGACAUUAAAUAACAUGAUGUAGACUCAUGUGUGUUCUUUGGAAGGUUUCAGUCAUUAGGGCUCCCACACAAAGAAAUUCUAAACACCCACUCUAUCACAUUUCAAACUCUGGUUGUUUUAUAUCUCUGUAUCUAAAAGUGCAUUUAAAUUUAAAACUAAAUUUACCUUAGGAGGAAAGGCAAUUUUCCCAUAUUUUAUUUGGAGAGAACAUUUUAUUGCAAAAUAUUUUAUCUUUGAAUUCCAAUUUAGAAUGCAUAAAAUUGUAUAAUUCAAUGUUUUAUACUGUAGUAGGGAAGAAUUGGGAGCGGAAUUAGGAGGAUAAAGUGCUCAUUAUCUGAAAAGCAGAUGGUGCUCAGCUGGAGUAUAAGCAGAACAAUCUUGCUUAGCCUUGUCUUUUAAAGGUUUUAAAGGACAGCCCCAGAAAGACACUCUUAAAAAAACCAAAGAUUUCUACCUUUGAGGUCAAUUCAGAUGGAAGGGCUAUUAGUAAUUUUUAGGGAUCUGAGUAGGUGGGAGAGAUGUUCUAUAAGCUGGGGAAAUCUCAUAGUAAUCAGACUUUGAUCUUAAAGAGACACCGCAUCUUUGAUUGCACAGUCAGGCUCAACACUCAUUUUAUGCCCCUGCAUUGUUUGCAAAGGACACCUGACUUCACUUCUGUUUUAUUUAAACAAAUUAAAUUAUUUCAUUUGACUAAUUGGCUGUACAAGAAAGCAGAUAACUUUUUCUGUUCACGAAAAAAAAAAAGAACCUUGGAACUGGGAUUCCCACACCCCACCCCCCCCACCAAUAACAAGCUAAGUAGAAUAUGUUUGCUGCCUAGGGGAUAAAGAAUAACUUCUGGUGGCAAAACACAGUCUUUUCCAAUGCCCAUGGUUUGAAUAAAAUCUAGGAAGUUUUACAUUUGGAAAUACAUUAAUGAAUUUUUGGCUUUACUUGUUGUGAUUUUUUAAAAUAUUGUGAUUAUUCAGUCUGUUCCUCAAUA